AUGUCUGGGGGUAGAAGGCGUAGAGGGGGGGAGGAGAGCAAAGCCAAGAAAAAAGCAAAGAGGCAUCGCUCAUCUUCAGCAGCAAGAGCAGCAGCAGUAGAAAAAGCAGCAGCAGGUUCUGCUGCUGCUCGUUCUCAAAAGAAUGCAGAUGGGCCGUUGCAGCAGCAGCAGCAGCAGCAGCUGCAGCAGCAGCAGCAACAACAGCAGCACCAGCAUGAACGCCAUCGCCGUUCUUCGAUCUCUUCCCGUAGUUCUGGGAGUCGAUCCCGAUCCCGAUCCCGAUCCCAGACCCCACAACCCCAGGAGAAAGCCAGCGAAAGUGAUAGCUUCUGGGCCAAACAAGCAUCAGCAUGGGUCUCUAAUAAGACAUCAGAACAGGGCCCCACAGCUCUAAUGGCUUUGAUAGCAACUCAAGCAGCAGUACAGAUGGCGUCUCAGGCAGAGGGCAACAAUCAGAGGGGCCCCCCAGACACUAGAGGUAUGAGAGGGGGCCCUAGGGGGCCCCCUCCCCCUCCUCCACCACCAAUAGGAGAUCCAGCUAAGGCUGGGGGCCCCCCUACCUUCUCAGGUCCGCCUCUCUCUAUGCCUGGGGGAUUGCCUAUGCCUCACCCGAUGGGGCCCCCAGUGGGGCCCCCAGGGCCCCUUGGGGGGGGCCUCCCAAUGCCUGGGGGCCCCCCACAUCCUCCAGGCUUCCCGGGGGCCCCGGGGGCCCCAGGGGGCCCCUCUUUCUUAGCAAGCAUCGGUGGAGGGUUCAUGCCUCCUACAGGAAUGGGGCCAGGGGCCCCACAGGGUGGUAUGAUGCAGGGGCCUGCUGCUGCUGGUGCUGCAGCAGCUGCUGCUGCUCCCAGUGCUGCAGGAGAGCGGGCUGAGGGGGCCCCUGGGGGCCCCCCUCGUGGGGGUAAAGGCAUCCCUCAGUGGCUGAGAGAGGUGGUGCUGGAGGCAGGGAGUCAGCAGAAAGCAGCAAAAGAAUCAAAGGAAGAAGAUAAAGAAGAAGGGGGACAGCUGCUGACUCCUUCUUCUAAGGGAGGCAACUCUCCUCGUGGGGUGUCUCCAGAGACAGGAGCGGAGACAGCAGGAGAGCGUCGGCGUUCAGGUGCUUCAGAGGGCGGCGCAGCAGCAGCAGCAGCAGCAGCAGCAGCAGCAGCGCCUCCUCCUCCUCCUCUAGUGGAUCAAAUAAAAGAAGCUGUUACAGAGAUCCUUACAGCAGUAACGGACGAAGUAUUUAGAGAGGCAGCGCGAGAAGCAAUCAGCAACCACAGAAGAAAGCAGAGAAUAACGGGGAAGACAACAAUUGGUGUGAGGCUGCAAGGCGCAGCAGCAGCAGCAACCGAAGGCGAGCAGCAGCAGCAGCAGCAGCAGCAACAGCAGCAGCAGCAGCAGCAGCAGCAGCAGCAGCAGCCGGAGGGACUCGGUGCAGCUAAGAGAGAAGACAUGGAGAAGACACGCGGAGUGCUUAAUUCUGAGGGAGUUUGCCCGGGUGCCGUUUAA